GAGAGAGAGAGGGGGGAAAGAGAGAGAUUGGGAAAAAAUAGUGAUAAGCUCUUUAAUAAAUUUUUCCGUCGUAAAUUUCGUUAUCAGUUUCGUUAAUAGUAACAGUAAAUUUACUUACAUCAGAAUUGUCUUAAAAUCAGUUAAAUAUUUUCCGUGUAAAUUUAUGCACGUACAGUGGAAGACAUAUCUGAUAAGUGGCCAACUGAUUUGUUUACACUGAUAACACACAGAUACACACACACACACACAUAUAUAUAUAUACAUAUCAAAGAAAGCAGAGACGAAAGUUUUUGAUUUCGAUACAACUGCUCAGUGACUAGCUUUACUCGUACCUAAAUUUCAGUGGCAUAAGAGAUGUUGAGAAUAAAAUGUAUCCUCGGUAUAAGCUUGAUUGCAGUAAGUCUUCACUUGUAUAUCCCAACGAUAUCUGCAAAGGAUGAUUCUUUUGAUUCCUAUGUUUUCUCACAACAAUGGCUACCAGGUUUUUGUAUUCAUGCAGCGGAAGAGGGACUAGAUUGUAAAAUUCCAGACAUGGUGAAAAACUGGGUUAUCCAUGGAAUUUGGCCUCACUCCUCUAAGAAACAUGAAUCUCCAAAUUUCUGCAAUUCCAGUUGGCACUUUAAUGAAUCAGAAAUCGAGUCCAUUGAGGAUGAUCUGAAAAUAUAUUGGCCUAACGUUUUGACGUCUACAAAAAAGGCCUCAUUUUGGAAACAUGAAUGGGAAAAACAUGGAACUUGUGCUGUGGACAAACCCUUUAUCUUCAAUGAGAAAUCUUACUUUGAGAUGGGGAUCAAGCUUAACAAGAAGUAUAACCUUAAACAGAUUUAUGAAAGCAGUGGCAUUAUUGCAGUGAACUAUACAUCUUACAAGUGUGAAGACUUCAGAAAUGUAAUCAGAAAAAAUUGGGGAGUUGAGUCUAUUAUAACCUGUAUUUCUAGUCAUUUUCUUCACUGUUGGGAGGAGAGCACCGUGCAAAUCUUUUAUGUGAGAUUGUAUCUACAAGAAUGAUAAUAGCGGUACUAGCAAUGAUGUUAGCAGUAGAGGGUACUGUUGAAUUGCUGACAUAGGAAGAGAAAAAAGCCACUUCAGUGAUACCCAUCUGUGCCAUAAGAAGAUGCAUCUCCUUUCUUUAUUCUAAAUUUACAUUUACAUAAUACAUUGUGAAGUGUAUUUUAUUUCAUUUGUCUUCAUUUAAUUUUUAAAUACGAAAUUAUGUUUUAUGCUGGACUCACAAUACACCUUUUAAUUUUAAUAAUAAUAAUAAUCAAUAGUUAAAACAUAAUGCCAAAUGUUUUGAAAGAAGUGUGACUUUUACAUUAUUUUAUCAAUCCCGGAGAUUGAAGGCAAAGUAGAUCUUGACAGGAUUUGAAAUCAAAACCUUAAAAGCCAAUGCUUUUUUGAUUCUACCAAUAAUAAUAAUAAUAACAACAACAAGAAAAACUAUCAUAGUAUUUUGGACAGGAAUGGGGAGGUGUCUGAUUACAUGUAAUGAUAAUGCAGAAUAGAUCAAAAUAGUUAAGAUGGAACUGAGCAAUGCAAAGAAGUAAAUACCAUUCUCUAUAACUAGGGACAAUUUCCUGAAGCAGUAAAAGACACUACCAAAUUGGAGAACCCCAAGACCAAAUAGGAUCCAAAGACUUUGAAUAAAACAUCUGAAAUCCUUUUAUGGUCAAAUCAGAAAUCAUCCAAAUGAAGUAGAAAAAUUAUUGCUCAGUCAGCUUCCUCUGUUAUGGAAGUUACUAAGAGGCAUUUUUGCUGUGAAAACAUACAAGCAUUUUAUGCAUAUCAGAUUGCUGUUAGAAGACUGCUGCUAUAAGGAAUGCAAGAAACAUUCAAAAGACACUGAAGACCAUCAGCAAAAUAAUAGUGAAACAUCAAGAGACUAAUCUGUGCAGGUUGUGGGUCAACUUCAAAAAGGCCAGUGGUGUACUGCUCCAUUCUUGAAUUAUAGUAUGACUUUGAAUGUUUGGCAUAGCUGAAUAGAUCAUUAUUAGACAGAACAACAACAAAAAUCGUAACCAUGCUUGGAUUGUUUCAUCUGGAAGCAAAUGCCAGUCAUUUAUAUAUGGAGAUGCAAGGUUAAAGGGAGAUAACUUUUAAAGUAUUUCUGAUUGUAAAUGGAGAGCAAAAGUCAGUUAAACCAUAUCUUGCAAAAAAUAAGGAACUACUUGAACCUAUUGCAAAAGAACUAGAACUUGUUUGCGUUGAAUUUGAAUUUACAAUAAAGGAAGCAAUAGAGAAAAAUGCAGUUAUGUGGAAAGUUCCUCAGAGAUACCGAGAGUGAGAAAUUCAAGACCCAUCAUGAAGAUUUAAAGAGUAAAAUAGGAAGUUUGUUGGCAGCUGCUCCAGAUCAAGCCUCAAAUACUAAUUCAGUGAAUAAAGGUAUUUAUUUUUUCCACUUCAAGGAAUAAAUACCACUUAUGUAAUUACCAACUAGAAAACAUUGUAACAGGCUGUAAAAUAUUAGCUAAGAAAGAAUACAAAUGAUGGCAUGUUAAUGUCUGUCUUAAUUUACACUAAUCACUUUGGUGCAUGCAUGCAUUUGUGUGUAUGGAUACCCAGUUCAUAAUUUUCAUGCCUUCAUAAGAUCUAUGCAAAAAUUCCAAAAUAGGCAAAAUAUCAAUAAUAUUUUCAUCUUAAUUAUGGUAAAAAAACAACACAUUUAGAUUACUAAUUAUAUAAACAGACUUUAUCAUAACUAUUCCUCUAUCUACUACAUAUCAUUUUUCUUAUGCAUUUUGUGAUAUCCUUUCUUUAUACAAUGUUACCUUAGCUGCUUGAUCUUUGACAAAUGUUCUCCAAUUCUGGUAUAGUUUAUUAAACUGAAAUUAAAAACAAAA